CACAAUAAUAUAACGUUUUAUUUAAAAAAAAAAACCCUAAUUAAUAAAAAAUAAGGAAUUAAAACAUUUCUGCUUAUUGACAAACCAUCAACUGCUCGCACUCACCGUUCGCCGCAGUUACAGAAGCGAAGAACUGAUCUCAUGUCCACAAUAUUCAGCAACGAUGAAGAUCCGUGGCUGGCUCCGGAUAAGCUUUAUCAUAUUCUCUUUUGUCUCUUCUUAACCGUUUUCUUCUCCAAACUAGCUUCCUUCACUCGUUACUCUUUUAUCCGUCGCCAUUCUAUCCGCUUAGGUUCUGCACUCUCACUUGCUGCUGGAGCUUUGAAGGAAGCAGCUGAUCAAUUUGGUUUUUUUCCUUCGGCUGGUGCCUCAGCCAAAGAUGCAGCUGCUGAUGUUUUAGGUGUGUUGAUAGCUGCAUUUGCACUAUCGAUGAGAAAAACCCCUGAUGGAUCUGACUUGGGCCAGGGUCAUGCCCGAAGGAUUUUGCCAGUUUGAGUUUACGAUUGAGGCUGCAAUCUAUUUGAGAUUUGAUUCUUUGGGAGUGGAGUUGUUAUUAGAGGGGUUAAUUUGUGGCACUGGGGAAGUAUGUGGCGUUUGGUUGCUGAGAAAGUGAAGGAAAAGACCGUGAAGUUCUGGGUUUCGUAUGUCGUGUUGUUUAUAUCAUGGAGACAGCAAAAAGGUUGGAUGAGUUUUGAAGAUGCAUUUCAGAUUCUAGUUGAUCAGCAAGGAAAAUUUUGGAAUAAAAGAAAAGGGAAAUGAAGAUCUGUUUCAUGAGAAAUGUGAAGUGUGAGCUGACUAGCUGGCCUUCUCAAUUAGCUCAGCAAGAGACUUAAUGCUAAUCUCAACUAGUGUGCUUAUUGUUUAAUUUUAGCUAUCCAAAAAAAGUGUUCCUCUUGACUUUGAUUUUCACUCUUGGUCCUGUUAUUCUUGAGUUGGUUUUCCCUUCUCUAAUGUCAUUUGGUUGUAUGUUGGACAUGACUUUGUUAAUUUCCUCAUUGCUAAAUCCCAUGUUUCACAAUUUGUGAGGCUGUUGGAUGAUGAUUGCAGAAAUUUUCAGAAAAAACUGAAUCUGUUGCAGAAAUGGCAACCUCAAAUCCUUAUUCCUAUCUGUGUUUAUUGCACAAGAAAAUUGUGGGACACAUGAUUGGUCUCAAUAAUUUGAUAGUCCCUAGAAGCUGAAAGAAGAACCAAAUUUGUUAAAAAAUAAACAUAAAUAAAAAUAAUACAGAAGAGACCCUUCCCUUCAAUUUUCUCGUGAAAAUGUUAUGGGAGACAGAUGCCCAAAAUCAUGCAUACACAACCACAAGCCUUACACACAAAUUAAUUGAGCAAUGAGCAUAUGUAACUAGUAACACCAGCAAAAUAUUCAUAAUACAUUCACAGACCAACAAAAGUCAACAGAUUGUUGAACCCAGAAGAUUCCUCUGUAACACCAACUGAUACCAACACUAGGAACCCAAAGAUUCUUGAAAGAACCCACAAGCUAGAACAUCAAAAGCAAAACAUCAGAAGUUGAUGCUUGUUUGAUGGGUGACCAACCGUGCACCUUUGAUGACUAUGAGUAAGCAGAAUACUAAAAGGGAUGGAUUGGAGAAGGGAAAGAAUGGUGAGCAAAACAAUGAAUUUGGAAUUCUGGAUCCGAGAAAGAAGAGAGGUAGAAACUAGAGAACAUAGAAGGAGAAAAAGAAACAGAGAAGAAGAAAUUAAUGGGUUAGAUAUCAUUGGCUUGGGUCUCUGAGGAUCUGCACGAUUUAGGGCUGGCUAAAGGUUGGGACUUCAGGAUGAUAGAUGGGAUUGUGAGGAAGUUCUGGUUAUAUAUGAUUUUAGUAAGUUCAGUUUUUCUUUUUUUUUUUGCCCCCAAACAAGAAAACUAACUGAACCAAAAAUCAAAAUAAGAAACCAAACUCCACUGAUUGAACCGAAUCAGAUUGUUCAGUUUGGUUUCUCGAUUUUGAACUGAAAAUUGCUCAGCUUUGUUACUUUAGAAUAUUACUCAACUUGUGGAUUGUAAACUCAAAACUGUUUUAUAUCUAUAUCCAUGUAGCAAUUUGGAUGGAUACAGAUAUUAAUGGAGAAAAUGUAUGGUUAUUUGCAAACCUCAAUGGUUGUCAUCAACUUGGGGGCAAAAGUUCUAGUCGACAGAAAAGCUUGAUACUGAAAAUGAGAACAUGCAUUUUAUAGGACAAUAAUGCCAAAUUGGUUGCUCUUGUAACAUACAUUUAAGAGGCAUAUACCCCUUGGUAUGUAUCUCACUAAAAUUACUAUUGAACACCAGCAUAUAUUCUGUGAAUCGUGUAACUGAUUUCAUAAUGGUUUAAGCUGCAUAAUAUUAGAUGGCCUUGUUAUAGGUUUUCAUAUACACCACAUAUAGGUAAAAGUACUCUUCAUAUAUGAUGUGAUCCAAGAGUCAAUCUAUUCAUGUUUUCUUGCUCUUGCAUGUAUAUUGCCUACGAGAACUGAAUGUUCAGUCAUUUAAUUUGUGUAUUCUUUUUCUCUCUGAUGUAGAAUCAUAUGCACUUCCUGACAGUUUCCAGAUUAUUUGUGUAAAUUUUUUGAAAAUCACCUUGGUGAAGCUUUUUGUUGCUGAGAUAUUUUUCAAAGUGUCACCUUAUUAAUCCGGCAGUUUGACAGCAGAAUAAGUUCCUGAUCCACACAUUGCUCCAAGGAUUGGUGUAGCGAAGUAGACUAUAUGUCCUUCUAGGUGUUUGCAGCUGUGUCUGUCCCCAACAAUCUCAAUGGGAUCAUUGAUGCAUCUUUAGUUUGACUGCAUCCAGACGAUGUCGUAUCUUCAAGUUUAGGAUGCAUGUCUGAGCAGAAAACUCAAAUUUUAGCUUGUACUAACUGUUCUAAAUUGCAUCACUGUCUACCCAGUAAAAUCCCCAUGUAUUAUUUAUUUAUUUAUGAACUGCAGAAAAUCCCCAUUUCAUUAAUUAUUGGAACAAGGAUAUGUAUAUGAGUACUUUCUAAAGAUUCUGAGAUGGUUUUUUUUUUUUUUUUGGGAUUUUUUUGGUCAGACCAAUACUGUAUGCAUCUUUAGUAGUGGUUUAAUUAUUUGUUCAAUUAAAUGAACUUAUAUUUU